CUGGUUAACCAGGACUACGCUUCCCAGCGGGCUCCGCGCAACGUCGGAUGCCUCUCUCGGGGCCGCCCUGACCGUGCUGAUGCCUCAUGGGAACUAUAGUUCUCAAUCGAUGCGCUUCUUCGCCUAUACCCCGCUUCUUCCUCCGCAUUGCAGAUGUGUCAUGGGAACUGUAGUCCCCGCGCUCUGCGCGUGAAUAUCUGCGCGAGGGGCGGCCCCUCCCCCUUCCCCUCCUGGGCUGUGGCCACGCGCGGCGGUUCCGCUUCCCCCUCCGGCUGCUGCUGCUACUGCCGCCGCCGCCGCCUCCGUGGGUCCCGCUGCCGCCAUUGCAGGAAGCUCGUGCGGCGGCCGCGCCGUGCGAAUUAGAGGUCCCGCCCCGCAGCCCCCUCGGCGGCCGGCUCCUUUCCGGACGUGGGAGGAGCAGCGGGCAGUCCCGUCCGCCACCGAGUUUUGUCUAGCCAUUAAGAGCCAUGUCUGAUAACGGAGAAAUGGAAGAUAAGCCACCAGCCCCUCCCGUCCGAAUGAGCAGUACUAUCUUCAGUUCAGGGGGCAAAGACCAGUUGUCUACCAACCACAGCUUGAAACCUCUGCCGUCUGUACCAGAAGAGAGAAAACCUAGGAACAAAAUCAUCUCCAUCUUCUCUGGCACUGAAAAAGGAAGCAAGAAAAAGGAAAAGGAAAGGCCAGAAAUUUCUCCUCCAUCAGACUUUGAGCACACCAUCCAUGUUGGCUUUGAUGCUGUUACUGGAGAAUUCACUGGAAUGCCAGAGCAAUGGGCUCGAUUGCUACAGACCUCAAAUAUCACCAAGCUAGAGCAGAAGAAGAACCCUCAGGCUGUACUAGAUGUGCUGAAAUUCUAUGACUCCAAAGACACAGCAAAACAGAAGUACCUGAGCUUCUCCGCUCCAGAAAAAGAUGGUUUUGCUUCAGGAACACCAGCACCCAAUGCCAAAGGUUCAGAGCCCUCAACAGCAGUAGCAGAAGAUGAUGACGAUGAUGAAGAGGUUCCUCCUCCGGUUAUUGCCCCUCGACCAGAUCAUACAAAAUCAAUUUACACACGGUCUGUAAUUGACCCUAUCCCUGCACCAGCUGGUGACUCUUGUGAUAGUGCUGCCAAGUCGGCUGACAAGCAGAAAAAGAAGACCAAAAUGUCAGAUGAAGACAUCAUGGAAAAGCUACGGACUAUUGUGAGCAUAGGAGAUCCCAAGAAAAAAUACACCAGAUAUGAAAAAAUUGGGCAGGGGGCUUCAGGUACAGUUUUCACAGCUAUCGAUGUGGCAACAGGACAGGAGGUUGCUAUCAAACAGAUAAACCUGCAGAAGCAGCCCAAGAAGGAGUUGAUUAUUAAUGAGAUCCUGGUAAUGAAAGAAUUAAAGAAUCCCAACAUAGUCAAUUUCCUAGACAGUUUUCUUGUAGGUGAUGAAUUGUUUGUUGUGAUGGAGUACCUCGCUGGAGGGUCACUCACUGAUGUGGUCACAGAAACUUGCAUGGAUGAGGCACAGAUUGCUGCUGUUUGCAGAGAGUGUUUGCAAGCACUAGAGUUCCUACAUGCCAACCAGGUAAUCCACAGAGAUAUUAAGAGCGACAACGUACUUUUAGGAAUGGAUGGAUCAGUUAAACUGACCGACUUUGGUUUUUGUGCUCAGAUCACCCCAGAGCAAAGCAAACGCAGCACCAUGGUUGGGACUCCCUAUUGGAUGGCUCCUGAGGUGGUCACACGGAAAGCCUAUGGCCCUAAAGUGGAUAUCUGGUCUCUGGGUAUCAUGGCUAUUGAAAUGGUGGAAGGAGAGCCCCCAUACCUCAAUGAAAACCCUCUGAGGGCUUUGUAUUUAAUAGCAACUAAUGGCACACCAGAGCUGCAGAAUCCAGAGAAACUGUCCCCAAUAUUCCGGGAUUUUCUAAAUCGUUGUUUAGAGAUGGAUGUAGAGAAAAGAGGAUCAGCCAAAGAACUGUUACAGCAUCCUUUCCUGAAACUGGCCAAACCUCUGUCUAGCUUGACGCCAUUGAUCCUGGCAGCCAAAGAAGCAAUGAAGAGUAACCGCUAACAUUGUUGCCAUGGCCUUCAUUUUUUUUUUUUUAAAUCUUUAUAAUAUAUGAAAAUUGUUACUCUUGUUAGAGGGGGUUGAAAAAAGUCUGCAAAAGGGAAAAACGCUCACCCAGAAGACACUCGAAAUGAAAUAUGGUGACUUUUAAGUAAACCCUUUUUAGGGUCCAAAAGGAAUUGUGGACUGAAUCACUGGUCUUUCACCUCUUUUGCAGACAGGCCAGGAAUCUUGCUUCCCAUGCCUGGGGUUUUAAGUAUUUUGAUGACUUCGCUGUAACAGUUCCCAUUCAUUGUGCCCUCUUGGGUACUUUCAAUACUUGAAUGACAGGUUCAAGCUUUUGGAGAGAGGCAUUAAUUUUAUCUGCUGAUCUCUUUCCUUCUCCUCCCCUUUUCCUGUCCUCUUUCAAGUUGCAUUGGCCAUCUCCCGUAUGACUAGAUUAACAGCAGGUGUGACAGAAAUGUGAAGGUACAUUUUACCCCUACCCUCUUACCAUACAAUUUAGCUCUGACUGUACUGUAGAAUUAACGACUCAGAUACUUAAAAAACUAACUUUAAAUGAAAUCUGCUUGUAAGUAGAGUAUAGGGAGAGGGGGAAGAGAAGAGUUCAGCUGUCUUUCUGAUCUGUGGCUGCUCCAGGGACUUCUAAUCCAAGAGAGAGACAUCUCAGUGUAGCAAAUUGUGGUGGGUCAGGUUUUGGGAGGUCAGCCUACACAUAUGAGGAAAAGGGAGCAGAUGUUUGAGGAAAGAAACGCCCCCUCCCCCCAUUGUUUGUUUCCAUUCUCCACUCCUCUCUCCUCCUCUCCCCCUCCCCUCCCCCAAACUUCCCUAGACUUGUUGGCCAAGGCAGAAGGGAUGUCUUGUGUGGUGUAGCGGUUGGUCUUAAAACCAAGUGUUGUAUCUAUGCUCUUACUUGGGCUAUGGGAUUUAUGCUGGUGCCUUUGACUUUUUUUACAUUUCCCUCCUUUGUAUCAAAUGAAUUUUUGUAUAUGUUGUAAUUUUAUUCCCAAAAGCAAAUAAUGCAACAACCUUGGAGUUGUCAAGAUUUAAGUAUUAGAGCUAUUUUUUCCAUUUUUAUAUGUGCUCCAUUGCUACUAAUGAAAUCAAAAGAACAAAUAAUUCAUCAGAGCUGAGGAAAAUGAAGAUCCAAGACUCUUUUUUUAUAAUUCAAACAGGAGCUUAUGAACACCUGGGAACACCAAAGUGCUGUUCUAUGGAGAGACAGUCUGAGGCGGGAAAGUAGUUUCACCAGACAUGAAAAGGGCUUACUGGAGUGGCUGAUGCAUGACUGGAGAGAGUCGUCAUGUCAGGAUGGCCCCUUCUCACUAAAGACCUUUUACUAGCUAGGAUGGCAGAAGAAAACAC